UUUCAGUCCACCCCAGAUGGCCCUCAAAGCCGCCGUCUCCGUCACCCCGUUGCUGCCGUCGCCUCCCCUCCGCCGUCUCCUGCUCUCCCCCUCUCCUAGCUCCGCGGCGGCUCGUAGGAUCGCGAGGGUUUCCGCGGCGAUGGCGACGACAGAGGUGCACCCAGCCGUGGUGGUGGGCGGCGGCCGCGUAGGCCAGGCGCUCGUGUCCAUGGGCCCGCCGGGAGGUGACGUCCUCGUGGGCCGCGGAGAGAAGGUACCCGACGAUGCGCCUGGACCGAUACUGGUGUGCACGCGCAACGACGACCUCGACGCCGUGCUCGAGGCCACCCCCAAGUCGCGCUGGCGCGAUUUGGUGUUCUUCCAGAAUGGAAUGCUGGAUCCAUGGUUUAAGAUCAAGGGCCUAGUGGGUGCAAACCAGGUGUUGGCCUACUUCGCUGUAUCAAAGGUUGGAGAGCCACCAGUCGAUGGGAUUACUGAUACCAACCCAGAGGGGUUGACUGCUGCAUUUGGCAGCUGGGCUCCUGCAGUGGCUGCCCGCCUGCAAAAUGGUGGACUUACCUGCAAGGUGCUUGAAAAGGAAGCCUUUCAGAAGCAGAUGCUAGAGAAGUUGAUAUGGAUUUCAGCUUUCAUGCUUGUUGGUGCUCGGCAUCCAGGGGCUACUGUUGGUGUGGUGGAAAAGAAUUACCGAUCUGAGGUUGCGAGCCUGAUAGCUGAAUUAGCAUCGGCUGCGGCUGCAGAGGAGCAGCUCACAUUCGCCGAAGGCAUGGAGGAUCGGCUCUGUGCUUACUCCAGGGCUGUGGCACACUUCCCUACAGCUGUGAAAGAGUUCAAGUGGAGGAAUGGCUGGUUUUACUCCCUCACCGAGAAGGCGCUUGCAGCAGGAAAGCCAGAUCCUUGCCCACUACACACAGCUUGGCUCAAGGAGAUUAGGGUCAUAUAAAUUGUUUUCAUGUACAUGAGCUUCGUUAGAAGCAUGAAACAGUUGCAUGUUGCCUAUAUAGAGAAAAUUGCUUUUGCCACGUUAACCUUUUGGUAUCGUGUGUCAAAACAAAAUGCCUGAAAGGUUUGCUGCCAUCCGUGUCGAAAGGUCGAAUCAA